CGCCCCCUCGGCCGGCGCGUGCUGCCCGCAGCCUCCGCGAGCCCGCGGCAGCGCCCGGAGGGAGCGCGGGCCGGGAGGGACACGGGCACCGGGAGGGAGACGGGAGGAGAAGGCGAAGGCGAAGGCGUCCCCCUGCCGAGGGAGAAGCCCCGCGCCAUGAGCCCCGACGAGAAGCCGCAGCCCGGUCGCUCCCGCGGUGACCGGCCGCCGCCACCUCAGCCCGCAGCCGGGCGAUCCCGGCGGCGGGGCGGGCUGCUGGCGGAGAUCCGUACGCCCAUCCGCACGGAGCCCUUCCAGGAGCGGUACAGCCUGAGCCCCGGCCGGGAGCUCGGCAGGGGAAAAUUUGCAGUGGUGAAGAAGUGUAUCCAGAAAGACACUGAAAGAGAGUUUGCAGCAAAAUUCAUGAGAAAAAGAAGAAAGGGCCAAGACUGUCGGAUGGAAAUAAUCCACGAAAUUGCAGUCCUUGAGCUGGCACAAUGCAACCUUUGGGUCAUUAACUUGCAUGAAGUUUAUGAAACUGCAACAGAGAUGAUUUUAGUCCUGGAAUAUGCUGCUGGAGGUGAAAUCUUUGACCAGUGUGUGGCUGAAAGAGAGGAGGCCUUCAAAGAGAAAGAUGUUAAGAGACUUAUGAAGCAGAUAUUAGAAGGCGUUUCAUUCUUGCACAGAAACAAUGUUGUUCAUCUUGACUUAAAGCCCCAAAAUAUUCUGCUAACCAGUAAGUCUCCUCUGGGAGACAUUAAGAUAGUAGAUUUUGGCCUUUCCAGAAUAAUGAAGAGCAGUGAGGAACUAAGAGAAAUCAUGGGAACUCCAGAAUAUGUGGCUCCUGAAAUUCUGAGUUAUGACCCAAUCAGUACAGCAACUGAUAUGUGGAGCAUUGGAGUACUGGCAUAUGUUAUGCUAACAGGGAUAUCACCUUUCUUGGGGGAUGAUAAACAAGAAACGUUCUUAAAUAUAUCUCAAAUGAAUGUAAGUUACUCUGGAGAGGACUUUGACCUUGUAUCAGAGUCUGCUGUGGAUUUCAUCAAAACUCUGCUCGUUAAGAAACCCGAAGACAGGGCAACUGCUGAAGAAUGUCUUCAACAUCCAUGGUUGGAACAAAGUGAUAAUCCUGCUUGCAGAGCCUGGAAUAAGAGUACAGAAGGGGAGACCAGUGAUGCCAUCCAGAAAGAUGGAGAUUCUGCCUCUGAACAAUCAGAAGACACUGAGAAGACUGGAGAGGAAGAAUCAAUAGUGACAGAAGAACUAAUUGUAGUGGCUUCAUACACACUGGGACAAUGUAGGCAGUCAGAAAAAGAAAAAGUAACUGAGCAGAAAGCCAUUUCCAAACGAUUUAAAUUUGAGGAACCAUUACUGCAGGAAAUACCAGGAGAAUUCAUUUACUGAACUGUGUGGAGCUUCAUAGCUAUAACUGGAAGGCAGUUUUUUCUACUAAACAAAAAGUAUUCUAGCCAAGUGAAUUUCUGAUAUGCAAUAAAUGUUCUAGAUAAAAGAAAGUGUUUAUAAAUGGCAUACAAAAAAAAUGUGCCAAGUUCUUAUUUUCAUGGAACAGAUGAAAUUUCAAGUGGCUGACAGGAAUUUAACAAAGAGGAUAAGCUUAUUUUUGUUUUUGAUUUUUAUUUCUGGUUUUUUGUUGUUGUUAUUGAUUGGUAAGAGAGUUUUUGCUAAUUGUUCUGGUGUUCUUGAGAAGUUGACACUGGAAGUGUUUUGGUGACAGAUGUCAAUAGGAGUAUUUUAGGAUACAUUUUGGUAUUUAAUGCAAAUAUAUAAUGCUGGGUUUUCCUCAAAUGCCUCCUGACUUCAGUGGAACUAUCUGCUCAUCUAAAACUUGUAUGAGAGGAGAAUAUGAUCACCUGGUUUGAUGUACAGAUUUCAGAAUCAUCCUGUGUGUAUUUCUUUGUUUACAUCAGGUCAAAGACCCAAACUCCUCUGGUGUGUAGCUGAACAGUGAGCUGAGCUUCUCCAGACAGAGAUGCACAUGCCCCACUGGGAAAGAAAUCUGUACUGAACAUAUGUAUUAUUUAGGAGCACAGUAAAAUCCUGCUCCUGAGGGUGAUAUAUUUGCUUAUUUCAGUCACUUGUGAGCCAGCAGAGAUUGUUCCCUUCCCCUCCCAUGUUGGGUGAGAUGUGCCAAUAGAAUCCAGCUCAGUGUGGCCACACAGUGCUGAUGGGAGGAAAAAAGAAUGACAUUCUGAUGUAGCUCCUCUGAAGUUACUGAAGUUCUCUCCACUGACUUUACCAUGUUAGGUUAGACAGUUUGUCCAGCUAAUCAGCCCUUGAUUCUGCCUCCCCCAGAACCAGCUGGGGUUUUACUGGGAUUAUGAGGUCAUUUCUGCCUUCUUUCUGUUCCUCUAAUAACUGCUGCUUUAAGGAAAAAAAAAGAGCAUCCUUAGGCUAAAUUGCAAUUGUUCAAUAUAGCUGUCAGAUGAGGAAGAAGAUACUGCUUCUUCUGAAACAGUGAAGCACAGCUCAUGCCUCCUGCUUCCUGAUCACUCUCCCUUAGACACUUGGAAAUACAGCAUGGUAUGUGGCCUGGCAGAGUGGGAUUAGAGAGCAGUAUGGAUGGGUCAUAGUUCUCAAUGGACGCAGUCUCUCAGAGGACAAAGCUGGCACCAACUGGGCACCAAAACUGAGUGGUUUUUGCAAUGUACAGGUCUGAGGAUGUUGGCCUGAGUCCUAGUUUUCUAAGAAAUCUUUCAUAUUGAUGCUGUUCCAAAGUUUAAUUUUUAUGUAAUGGAAGUAUAGUACUAUUAUAUUGCAUACUGUUAACUAUUCAACUAUUUAUUUGGUUUCCUUAUGCUGUUCCUUUAUAAUAAAGUCUGACAAAAGUUUUCUUGCUAUAAAACAGUGAAUAGAAACUUUUGAGCUAGUUUUUCCCUUUUUUUUCCAUGUUGGUACACACUUUUUAAUUUCAAAUGUAUCAAAUGUUCUACUCGAUUUAGUGAGGAGGAGUUCAGGGCUCUGUGCUAAUGUUACAGUUCCUCCUUCACACAAAAGUUAAAUGGCUUAAUGAGAGCAGCAGUACUGGGGUGAUCUGAUCAGCAUGGCUGGAAAGGUGGGGGAGGAACACUAGUACAGAAGAAAGCUGAACCAAAAGCAGUGGGACAAUGGGUAGUUUUUCCAUAAGGCAUCAUUGCCAGAGGUUAGGCUACCCUUACUUCAAGCCACAUCAGGGAAAUUGCACCUAAAUUAAACUGUUCUAUCAGGCUUUUCCCCCUAUGAAACUACAUAUUGAAUAUUCAAGUAGGUAGAGCAGCUUCUCGUUCCUCAAAGGUGUUCAUAUAAAACAGCCAGUGGUGCUCAGAAUUGACUUUGGACAUGUUAUAUAUUGUAAUGCAGAGAUGCCUUUCCUGCUCUGGAGAAAGGAGUCAGUUACUGGACAGCUCUGGCUGGCUCUCAGCAGGAGAAUCUUUGAGCCAACAGCAUAUCUGUGUUAUCUGGGUGUUUCUGGACACAAAGAGGAGCUGACCUACAAUGUGGUCUGUUUCAGCCUUUGUUAGGCAGGACAGUGCCACCAUGGCCAUCUUUCUUUUACUCUCCAGUCAUUUGCCCAAGACAAUUUGCUUGGGUGACGGGACGCUGAUUCAUGGAAUUCUUCUGUGCAAGAUUGCAACUUCUCCUAUCUUCCAUCAUUGCCAUUUUGACAUUUUUUCUCUCAUAUCCUUACUUUCUUCCAUAUGUUACUAAGUUGAGCAGAGCAGUGAGGUUGAAACAUGUUCACAUCCUACCCUUACAGAACAAUGCUGCCAGUGUUGCACACAUAAAUGUUUAACAACACCUGGUUGCCCACAGCAAACUAUUUGCGGGAUAUAUAUAUCCCGUUUCACUUCCUCUUUGUAACCACAGAUCAUGUCUCAGAUUGAGACUGGUACCAAUGGAAAAGAGUAGAUGCUGAGCAGUAUACAUUUUGUCCUAUAUACUGUUUGUAAUGACAGUGAAGCUUAACAUGUGUACAUGAAAUACAUACUUAUUUCAAGGGCAGCUUUUCUUGAAUUGGCUGCUUUGAGAUUUCCAGUGGGCUGCAUUUCUGUUUAACUCUUUAUGCCUUAAGGUGAUUUUAUACACUGUUUUUUUUAAUGUAAUUAAGAAUUUGUAUAGAGCUGUGAAGGUUUAGUAGUGUAAGUUAUAAAAAAGGCAUCUUAGAUUCACCCCAUAACAAGGAAAAUUUUCUGUAACGUUUCACUGCAGGACUAUCAGCCAGACCCAAACCCUUGAGGCUCUUUCUGUUCCACUGUGAGUGUGGGUAAAGCUGCAAGUGAGGUGUUCUUACCCUGAGCUCUAGGAAGGGGCUGUUCAGCCAGUGUUGUUGAGGAACUCAGUUACGAGUGAAGUGACACAUCAGUAAAACCAGGAGCAAACCAAGAGCUGUGAGGAACAGCUGGUUUUCUGCAGCUCCAUGAAUACAGGGGACUGUGUGUGUGUACACAGGUCAUUUGGGAAAAGCUCCUGUGUUGGUGGGGAAGGGGCUGCUUUUGGGGAAUCAGCUCCCUGGACCUUGUAGGCAAUGUUCUCCCAGUCCCCACUCUCCAGACCGAGCACAUGCUGGCUGCCUUUGUAGCACGGAGAGCAUGGCUGCUGUUUGCUCAGAUGCAGGAUGCUGAAGGAAUGGAAGGGCAGAUGUUCCUACAGAGUUAUCUGGUUCAUGGGAGACCCAUGAACUGUAUCAAUAGGAAGGGUAAGUCCAGGCCUAGGCCUUCUUUCAGUUGUUGGAAUAAAUAGCAAAGUCCUAAUGAAAAGCACAGCCUUGUCUCCUCUUGUUGCUAUAUUCACCUCUUUAAGGGAGAGGUUUAUACAUUUUAUAGUUGCUAAAAUAGAUGUUCUACAAAACAAUAUUUUUCUUUUUGUCCAAAGUGGAAUUUGCAUUGUGAUUUGUCUCAUGUCACAAUUUUUGUGUGCAGGUCUCUAAAUACAAAAGGGUGAAUUCCAGUUUGUGAUCUACCCCCUGAAUCCCCCUGAGAGCUGUUAGGUCACAAAUGCAAAUAAAAGUUCACCGCCCAUUCUCCACUGGUGGUGCUCACAAGGGAUGGGGAGGGAGGUGGGCUUUGUGGCUUAAGAUCUCUCUUGAAUAUUUCAGGUGUUGUUCCUGGAAGACAGUUCAAAGUUUUAAAGAAAUAGUGCCAGUUCAUUGUACUUCUGAUAAGGUGUUUACUGUUUCAGGAACUUUACAAUAAAUAAAAUUUUGUUUUCUGAACA